UAUUCGAUCGACUUCUCUACAGACACAAAUUGAUCCCUCUGUUAUCUCAACCAAGUGAUUUCUGAAUCAUCAAGUCUUGUUCACAACCAAACCAUGCAUCAUCUCAGUCGUUCUCAAGAAGCCAAAGAGAUGUUCCAAGCUCAAUCCCACCUCUACAAUCACACCUUCAACUUCAUCUCUUCCAUGUCUCUCAAAUGCGCAGUCCAACUCCGCAUCCCCGAUGUCAUACACGACCACAAGCGACCCAUGACCCUCCUUGAGCUAGCCUCAGCGCUCCAAAUCCACCCGUCCAAAAUGACUUGUCUUUACCGCCUCAUGCGUGUUUUGGUUCACUCGGGCAUUUUUGGAGAGACGCUUGUUCCCAAGAAUGGAGAAGAAGAAGAAGAAGAAAUUAAGGCUUAAGUCUUGACACCACCUUCGUGUUUGCUUCUGAAUGAUAAGGUCACGGGGCUCUCGCCGUUUGUGGCGAUCAUGCUUGAUCCGGCUCUUGUGAGUCCUUGGCAUUUUCUUGGAGAUUGGCUUCAAGGAAAUAACCAUGAUGAUUGUAGAGACAAAUUAAACAAUUCUUUUGAAGCUACGCAUGGAGUCAAUAUAUGGGACUAUGGGAGGAAGAAUCCCGAAUUUGGGAAUACAUUCAAUAGAGCAAUGGCUGGUGAUUCUCAGUUGAUGAAUUUGAUAAUUAAGGAUUACAAAGAGACCUUUGAAGGGAUAAAUUCUUUGGUGGAUGUCGGAGGCGGCACGGGAGCCAUGGCAAGGAUAAUCUCUGACGUGUGUCCGGGUUUGAAGUGCACGGUGCUUGAUCUCCCGCACGUGGUUGCUGGCUUGCCAGAGAGUGAGAAUGUGAAGUUCGUUGGUGGUGAUAUGUUUGAGUCCAUCCCUUCUGCAGAUGCUGUUUUGCUCAAGUUGCUGUUUCACGGUUGGAGCGAUGAGGACUGUGUCAAGGUGCUGAGAAAAUGCAAAGAAGCGAUCGCUGGGAAGAACGAGGAGCGAGGGAAGGUGAUGAUCAUGGACAUUGUGAUAGGCAAGACCGAGGAUGAUGAUGCCCAAACAACUGCGACAAAGCUUUUCUGUGAUAUGCUGAUGAUGACGGUAGGCCCUUGAAGAGAGAGGACUGAGAAAGAGUGGGAAAAACUUUUCUUGGAGGCUGGUUUCAGACGGUACAAGAUAACUCCUAUGUUUGAAUUAAGGUCUCUCAUUGAAGUCUUUCCUUAGGGUUUGAAAU